CGGCCUUUCCCCUGGCUUCUAUAAAGCCACGAGUUGACUACUUACAUUGAACAUUCACUCAACGUCUUCGUCACCAAUUUGUUCAUCAUGUGGCUACUAAUCUUUGCAGGUCUUCUGGCCACAUCUAUUGGAAAAGAAACAACAGGACAAAAUACAGCUGAAAAAAAUGUUGAUGAUGUAGUACUUUUAGAGAUUGAUGUUAAAGAACCAGCCAAGCGAUCACCAGUUGCAGCUAGUGGUGUUUAUGGUGCUUCACCCAACCAAUUUAUAAUACGUCAUGGCGAUGACGCUCAAGAGUUAUCACCAGAAUAUUUGGCACUUGUUGAUCAGUAUGGAAAUCCUCAACAACAACAAUAUGUAACAUUACCAAGAACUGGUCCACCACCACGUAGACCUCAACCAGGUUAUGCAAGACAACAACAACUUCAACAAGCUUAUCAAAAUCAACGUGUUCCAGCAGUUGUACAACCAAGACCACGUCCAACUCUUCAUCCACAAGCUGAGGCACAAGCUGAAGCUCAAGCUGAAUAUCAAGCUCAAAUUGAUGCACAACAACGUGCUGAAGCACAAGCUAGACUUCGUGGUAGUGGAACAGCACCAGCUGGUUAUCAAAUACCAGCAGGUUAUCAAGAUGCUAAACUUGGAACAUUUGAGCAAGAACUUUUGCAAUUAGUUACAGCUAAUCAAGCUCAAGAAUUUAAAGCUCAACAAGCACAUGAUUUAAGACCACAAAGACCUCAACAAGCACAAUAUCCACAAUAUUCACAACAAAUUUUAGCAUACUCACCAGAAUAUGCAAAACCAGGUGCUGAACAACAACAACAAAUUCAAGAAAUUCCUGAUCAACAACAAUAUCAUAUUGAAACAACUCAACCACGUUAUCCACAACAAGCACCAGUACAGUAUCAACCAAUUGAAGAAGCUGUUCAGUAUCAACAACCAGCUCGUCCACAAUAUGUUGCUAAAAAACCAUACAGACCAGCUGCUCCACAAUACAUUGAUCCAUCUCAGGCACAAGGUGAAACUGAAGCAAUUGCACGUGCCCAAGCUAAUGCUGAAGCACAAGCCUUAGCAUUUCAAAAAAUAACAUCAGCAUCACAUAAACAACAUCAAGAUGCUGCUCUUGCACAAAUUCGUAUUGUUGAAGAUAGAUGGAAACAAGAAAGUGCACUUGAACAAAUUAAUCAAGGUAGCCAAGUUAGUGAAGCUGGUCGUGAACACAUUGAAGAACAAGUAAGACCAAAAGAUCCUGAAGCAGCAUACAGAGCAAGAGUCAAAGCUCAAGCUGCUGCUGAAGCUGCUGAGGCACGUCAAGCACAAGAAGCUGCUGAAUAUAAAGCACAUGGUGAUGCUAUUCUUGCUUUACAAAAACAACAACAAGUACAUUUAAAAGCCCAAGAAGAUGCAGCUAACUUUGCACUUAAUUUUGAAAAAAAUCAAGCUAAAGCACAAGCUAAUGCACAAGCACUUGCAAAUGCACAAGCACUUGCUUUAUGGAAAAAUCAUCAAGCAAAUCGUGCUCAUGCACAAAAAGAAGCACAAAAAGCUGCUCGUGCACAAGAAGAAGCACGUAAACGUGAUCCAGAUAAUACACCAGCUGUACAAUAUCUUUUAGAAACACCAAACAGUACUCCAUUACCAUCAUUGAAUAAUUAUAUUACUCCAGAUAUUCAUCAAAAAUAUCAAGCAUCAGGAUCAUCAUAUGUACCACGUGCAACUGCCAAACCAGAUGAUACAGUUAAUCAACCACGUCAAGCAUAUAAACAUAAAGUUCCAGCAAAUUCACAAAUUUAUGUAUCACAAUCUGGUCUUGUUAAAAAAGCACCAGUUAAAUCAUUAACUGUUGAAGAAAUUAUUGAACAAGAUCAAAUUAAUAAUCCACAAAUUAUUAGAAUUCCAGCUGCCAAAGCACAACCAUUAACACGAGCUGAUCUUGAUGCACUUAUUCAUGCUGGAUAUACUGUAACUCCUGUACCAGAAAUUGCUAGAUCAACUCAACAACCAUACAUAGAAAGUUCAACUGGUUAUUAUGUUAAAAAAAGUGGUGCAGGAAGACCAGAAAGUUAUACAACUUAUGAAGAUAAUCGUCAACAACGUAGACCAAUUAGAAAACAAAGACCAAUUUUAAAACAAGAAAAUGAAUCAGAAGGAAGUGCUAAAGUAACUUACUUAGUGCCAGUUGAACCCACCUAUGGAAACCGACGACCAACAAAUUAAAAAAAAUAUUUUGUCGUUAGAAAAAUUAAUUUAUUUUUCACGACACAAUAUUUUCAGUCAAUCUAUGACUUAAAUGCAAUUUAUAAGCUGAUGUGAAAAAUUAUUAUUAUUUUUUUUUUUUUUUUUCGUUUACUUUCAAAUCAGCAAAUUUUUAUGUUUUUUUUUUUUAUUUUAUUUUUUUGUCAAUUGUAUCAAUGUCGUUUAUCACUUGAAAAUCUUUGUUAUUUUUUUUUAUAUUUUUUAAUUGUUUUCGUUAUACACUCAUGGCUCAUUUAUUCGAUACAAUUAAUUUUUUAUUUUAAGCACAUAUUUACGCUUAUAUACGAUAUAAAAUUAAAAGGCAAAAAAUAAUAAUUGAAUUAUUAUUAAUAGUAUUAAAUAAAUUUUACUACAAACACAAGUCGAUAGUGGCACGUGUAAAAUGUAUAACGUCGCCACAACGACAAGUUAAAUUGUGGUUUUGUUUUUUUUUUUUUUUAAAUAUCUAUAUUUUUUAUAAAUUAAUUUAUAUAUAUAUUGUGUAAAUACUAUAUAGAGUUUUAAAUAAAUAAAACUGUUGAAAAUGAGUGAAAAAAGGCAAAUAUAAAAAAAAAAAAAAAUAAUAAUAAUUCAAUAAUCUUCAGUAGUCAUUAUGUUGAUGAUUGUCUUACAGAAAAAAAAAACCUUAAUACCAUACAAUCAAUUGAACAUGUUGGUUUUAUUUUAUUUCAUUAUUUUUUUUUUUUUUUAUCAAAUAAAUCUCUGGACCAACAGCAACAAAGUAACUAUACACCACUGACCGGUUUUUUUGUUCUUUUUUUUUGUAUGCAGUGUGUGUCAAUUUAAAAUGUAAUAUAUAUGAAUUUCGACAUUGAGAAUUCAGCCCUGCAUUACAUACUAAAAAAGCAAGAUACUCAAAGUUCUUAUUGCUUGAAAAAUCGAUAAAGAAAUAUUGACUUAAUGCUUAAAAUAAAUAAAUAAAAAUAAAACCAGCUUGGACAUUCGAUUAUUCAUGACGACCUUCUGCGGUUAUUGCUACGUUGGAGAAUACUAAUUAAUGUUAAUGAAAAACAACGCAAUCUUGUAAUAUUAUUAAAACUAUUAUUAUCAA